CAAAGCCAUCUUCUCUUCUGUUUCAAUUUGUGAAGCGUUUCUCUUGUUCCUAACAAAGCCUUUCCCUACUAAAUUGAUUUUGUUUGUCACGCCUCAAUGUCUCUGAACCAGGUCUGGGAGGCAGCUUCUGCGAGCCCUUACUCUCCCCUUAUCGCGAAAGAUAGCCAGUUCUUCGUCGGCUUUAGUCUCCUGCUUGCUGCCUUUAUACUUACUGGUCUCUUCGGAUUGAACCGUUCAUUCACCAGCAUUGCACUGUUCGGCGUCCCAGCAUCGCUGGCCUUUGGCUUCGGAGCCGUCUAUAUGAUCUGUGCCGUUGGAGUUUACUCCGAGCAGACAACCAUGGCGGACGUGGAACCCAUCUUCACCGCGGUCUCCAGCAACGCCCACCACCUCUACACUCUCCUCCAAUGCAUCGGAUUCGCGCCCAAGGCCUCCGUGCAGCUCACGCCCGAUGGCAUCCGCUUCUCCGUGGAAGAAACCCGAACGGUGCAGGGGCUUGCAUUCCUCGACAAAGCCCUAUUCACCAGCUAUACCUUUAAUCCACCACCACCACCACCACCAACCGCUGCCCCCACCGACGAGCAUAACCACGAUGACACGGACUCCCCCACCACCGACCCAACACCCUACUACCCGUGCUUCGAAAUCUCCCUGACCGCCCUCCUCGAGACCCUCAAAAUCCUCGGCAUCAACGACAGCUCCACCACAUCCGGCGGCGGCAGCGGCUCUUCCCGCGCCGGCAGCGUGCAACCGGGCCCCUCGCACAGCGCCUUCACCACCCCCGCCCUCCUCCUCGACCGCUCCUGCACCCUCCGCUACGACACGGAAGGCAGCCCGCUGAGCAUCACGCUCACCGAGACGGGCAUCAAGACCACCUGCGAGCUGAUCACGUACGAGCCCGAAGGCGGCGAGGUCGAGAUCCCGCUGCAGCGCGACGCGAUCAUCAUGAAGAUCAUCAUGCGGUCGGCCUGGCUGCACAACGCCAUCACCGAGCUGGCGGCCACCAACCCGACCACCCUCCGCAUCUCGGCCUCCGCCACCCAGGAGCCGUUCUUCGCCUUGUCCGGCGCCGGCGGCUCGUUCAGCGAGUCCUCCGUCGAGUUCUCCGUCGAGAAUCAGACUUCUGCUGCAACCGCCUCCGCUGCCAAUGAUGGUCAUGACGAAGGUGCCGCCCGCGCCAAAAGAGCCCGCCUCGCCCCGACUGUCACCGAGACGUUUCUGGUGAGUCCCCCGUCGUCGUCGUCGGGGGACUCGCGCAUCCGACAGGAUUACAGGUUCAAGGCGAUCCAGAAAGCGAGCCGCGCGAUGGCGGUGGCCAAUAAGGUCAGUAUCCGGGGCGAUCGGCAGGGUGUGCUGAGCUUGCAGUUCAUGAUCGAGUCCGAUGUCCAUGCUGGCAACAACAGUGGGGCGAGGUUGUCGGCCAGAGGGGGGUUGGCGCCCGUGGUCAGUUUCGUGGACUUUCGGUUCGUGCCGUUGUUGGAUGAUGACGAGGUUCUUUAG